AUGGCUCGGACUUUUUCCCAAAAACUUCCCACCCACCACCCACCACCACUGCCGCUCACCGCUACCAUCAUCACCACCACCACCGCUACCACUACUGCCACUAUCACAACUACAAUCUCCACCACCUACCACUGCCACCGCCACCGCCACCACCACCACCUACGACCGCCACCAUCACUACCUAGCGCCACCACAAACACCUACCACUACCUCCACCACCACCACCACCCGCCACCACCAUCUGCCACCUCCACCCGCCACCACCACUACCCAUCACUAGUCACCACCACCAUUUACCACUUCUACCUUUACCACCACCACCACCAACUACCACCGCCAUCGCCACCACCUAAUGCUACCGCCACCACCACCCAAAACCUAUCAUCUCAACUACUAACUAUCGCUACUACCACCACCACUACCAUCCACUUACCACCAUCGCCACCACUACCACCACCACCUGCCACCGCUCUGACCACUUUCACCACUGCCAUAACUACCACCGCCACCACUUACAACCGGCACCACCUACCGCCACCACUUAACGUUAUCGUCACCGUCAUCGCCACCGCCACCACCAACUACCACCUACCACCACCACCUGCCACUGCUACCACUACCGCCAUUGCCACCACCACCACCACAACUACCUACUUAUAUCCGCCACCAACUACCGCCACCACCACCUAUAUCCGCCACCAACUACCGCCACCACCACCACCACCACCACCUAUUAUUUCCAUCACAACCACUACCACCUAUCGCCACCGCCAACCCCACCCGCCACCACUGUCAUUACCACCACCACCACCACCACCUACCACCGUUACUGUUUCCAUCACCACCACCAACGCCGUCACCACCACUACCAUCACCACCUGCCACCGCUAUCGCCCACCACCACCACCACCACCACCACCUCCACCACCGCCACCACCACCAUCACCACCUACCACCACCACAAACACCUACCACUACCUCGACCACCACCACCAUCCGCCACCACCACCCGCUACCUCCACCCGCCUUCACCACUACGCAUCAUCAAUCACCAACUCCACCUACCACUGCUACCGUUACCACCACCACCACUAA